GCCAGCGCCCGGCUGUGGGCGAGCUCAUCCGUGGGGGAGGCCGGCGCCUGGCAGAGCGUCCUUCGGCUCGAAAAAUGGGGCACUCUUCCUGCUCUCCCCUCUGCGUGGUAGUGCCCAGGACCAGGAGGAGGCGAGGGCCUGGGGCCGCCGUCGGCGUUGAGUGGUUGGAAGGUGCACUCUGGUGGCGAUGCGGGGCCGGUGUGCGGCCGCCAUGAGGCACUUGCCGUACUUCUGCCGUGGCGAGGUGGUGAAGGGCUUCGGCCGGGGCUCCAGAGAGCUGGGCGUGCCCACCGCUAACUUUUCUGAGCAAGUAGUCGAAAGCUUUCCAUCCGAUAUCCCUACUGGUAUAUACUAUGGAUGGGCCUCUGUUGGAAAUGGAGAUGUUCAUAAAAUGGUUUUGAGCAUAGGAUGGAAUCCUUUCUAUAAGAAUAUUAAGAAAUCAGUGGAAACACACAUUAUCAACACGUUCAAGGAAGACUUCUAUGGAGAAAUUCUUAGUAUAGUCAUUACUGGAUAUAUUCGAUCAGAAAAAAACUUUAAUUCUUUAGAGACGCUCAUUUCAGCAAUUAAGGAGGACAUUGAAGAGGCAAAGAGGCAACUAGAUCUACCAGAGCACCUUAAACUCAAAGACAACUUCUUUUAUCUACCAGAAGGGAAAAACCACUGAGCAAAAAAAAAAUCUUUUUCUUCUUUCUUGUUAUGGACUACUCUUCGCCUAGUUACGUAUCAUAUAUCGUUUGAUACAACAUAGACUUGUGUGGUGAAUAUGUCUGGAAUCGACUUAAUUCUCUUCACAGCAGCUCGUAUGGUGGUGUGUUUUAGAUUUGUGACCUAACAUCCUAAAGUUUUAUCUGUACCCUAACAGUGUUUGCACAAUGUCAAAGCCUUUUCUAUUUCUUACUCUGACUCAAGAGCAUCUACUGGGGCUUUGCAAGAGGUCAGGAGGGGACAUGCAGGUGACAUGAACUAGCUAAAGAGAUGUUCUGUAUCAUAUAGUGUCACACUCUGCAAUAAAAUGGAAGGAGAGUGUGGUUCAGGUAGGUUAGCUAUCUUUGGUUGGGUAACAGCUGGGCAUUGGUCUACCCAUGCAAGAUGGUGAGUAAUAAACAUUUUUCUCUUAUUACACUUCUUUGCUUGUUAAAUUAUCUUGACCCAUGAGUUUUCCUGCUUUUCCUUUCCUCUUUCCUUUCCCACUGGGAGUGAGUAGGACUGAGUGGGCGGUGCUUAGCUGCCUUCCAGGGUUAACCGUUAACUGCCUGUCUGUGUGUCUGUGAUUGGAACUGAACGCUGAAGCCACACACACGUGAUUUAAGUUUUCUUAUGUUGACUGGUCAUGAAACAAGUCAUGCAAAAGGAGGAGAAAGUUAUUUUAGGUUCUUAUAGAUAAAUUACAAAUCCAUAUCAUACUAAUUAUUGUAGAGAUUUUAACACAUGAGGAACAUGACCAAAGUUAAUUCUGACUACUGCUUACCCUGAGGUGUGGACAGUUAAAACAUAAAUGAAGAUUUUCAGUUUUUCACAGACAGAAUUUCAUUCUAAAAUGAUUUCCCAGUUUUAUGUCAUCACAUCUGUCAUAUCUAGCAGCUUAGAAUAAAUGAGUCAAAAGUUGACUUGUCAUGCACAAAGCCAAAGAUUGGGUAACAGUAUCGAGAAUAAUUCACUAUAGUUCUUAAUUUUGAUUGCAAUUAUUUAUUAGCCUUGAUUGAAAUUAAGGAAGUCUCUGUUACUUACUGAAUUACUGGAAUAUGAAUACUUCUGCCUUGUUGACUGACAUACAACAAUGUGUAAUGCAGACAGCUUCCUCCUGAUGAAAUGUUUCUCUAAAGUUCGGGAAAUGAGUGAUGUGGAGAGAGCUAAUGUAUGUCAAAAUUUUAGGCUCAGAGGAUAAUGAACAAGUAUUAGCAAUGUUUCUAAGGCAGAGAAGGUAACCAAAACAAAUUUGCAUUUGCUGGUAGCUACCUUAGAUAAGGAGAAACUUUGAUUAAUCAUUAUACUGACAGUGAAAUGACUCAGUAAAAUGUUGAAUUCAGAAUGUAAAGUAUCUUCAUCUGCACAAAGUACAAGUAUAAUCCAGAUUUUUCACUGUAGAUCAGUGAAAGUCUUCAGAAAUUUUUAGAAUAAUGUAUCUUUAAUAAGUACUGUGUUUUUUAUAUAAAAGUUGCCUUUUCUAUGGCCUUCUCUGAAAUGUUUACACAGGUAAGUGAAGGAUGUGCUGUCAAAAUUCAUUAUAUCUUGAAAAAUAUCUGUUAAAAUAUAAAUACACACUAUAUUCUUGGAAGCCUGUGCUUAUAAAUCUACUUCCCCUGCUCUGUGACACAAUUUUCUGAUUUUCCUCCUAGUCUCCUCCUAUUUUAUUUUUUUGUUUCACUCUAGCAGUUAAGAGAGCUUGGACAAAAAAACUUCAUGAGAAUUUCUUGUGGCAGGCAGUAUCAGCAUGCCAGGAGUUUAGUUCAACUUCUUUUAUCUUAACUUCAGGCCAUUACUGUGGGAUACUUUUGGAAAAAACAUUGAACAAGUUAAA